CCAUCAUCACGUGCAAGCAUCAAAAUCUAGUGCACUACAGCACUCCUAAUACUAAGCUGAAUUUAUCUGUCACCACUAUUUCCGAAGCCCUCCGGCUCCGUCAGUGGCAGUACUGACCUCGUCUGACUGUGGUUUUGAAUGUAGUAAGUUUGUAAUUCAAAGUCCAUUCUCCGCCCCACAUCUUGGCGAAGUUCCACAGACGUUUUGCAUGAAAGUGAAUGAUGGUUAGUUGCAAAGGCACGGCGCGUUCCUUACGACAUAUUACAUAUAUUAACUGGUGUAAACAGAAAGGGAGGGUUUUAAGCUAAAUUUGUAUUCUGUAGGUUACAGGCAACCAGGGCUGUUGGAAGAAUGGCUUUUUCCGGUCUUAGAGAUUGCAAGGCUUGGCUGGAUUCAGGGUUAGAGCUAACCACUCACAGCAAUGAAGCCUGUAAAAUGUAUGAUGCUGCUGUGCGCCAGUAUACAACUUGGCACAAUGAUGCAACUCUUGGAGGACUAGAAGGAUGUAUCUCCAGAAUAAAAGAAGCUGAUCCUAACUUUGUGAUGGGCCAUGUGUUUGAGAAUGGUUUGAAGCUCAUUGGUACUGGACAUUCUGUGCUGUUAGAUGAGGAAUUUGCUAGAUCCAUAAAGUCAACUAUUGAACUUGCUAAAAAACAGUCCAUCACAAAGCGAGAACGUCUGCAUGUGUCUGCAGUGGACCUGUUCUCAAGAGGAUCUCUUCCAGAAGCGUGUAGUUUGUGGGAAAGCAUUCUUUUGGAUCACCCAACUGACUUGGUGGCUCUUAAAUUUCUUCAUGACACUUAUUUUUACUUAGGAUGGCAGCAGCAGAUGAGAGACUCCAUUGUCCGAGUGCUUCCACACUGGAAACCAGAAAUUCCUCUUUAUAGUAACGUAAAAGGAAUGCUGUCCUUUGGACUGGUGGAGACAAAUUUUUAUGACCAGGCCGAAAAAGUUGCUAAAGAGGCUCUGGCAAUGAAUCCAUUGGAUGCCUGGUCUGUACAUGCUGUAGCACACGUGCAUGAAAUGAAAGCAGAAGUGGAGAAAGGAUUAGUAUUUAUGGAAUCAACUGAAAAUGAUUGGAAGGAUAGUGACAUGCUUGCUUGCCAUAAUUAUUGGCACUGGGCCCUGUAUUUUAUUGAAAAGGGGGAAUACGAGACUGCUCUGAGCAUAUACGAUAACCAUAUCUCCUCUGGUUGUUUCAAAUCUGGAACUAUGUUGGAUGUAGUUGACACGUGUUCUAUGUUAUAUAGACUUCAGAUGGAGGGUGUAAAUGUUGGUAAUCGCUGGAAGAAACUUGUGAAAGUCACUAAACAACACAUCAGAGACCAUCUGCUUGUUUUUAAUGAUCUUCACAUUCUGAUGUCACUUUUGGGCUCUAAGGAUAAAGAAUCAUGUGAUCAGCUUAUUGGAACACUGAAAGAACACUUAAGGGAACCAGGAGAAAACCAUCAAUUUACGAUUGCUAAGCAGUUUGGGAUCCAUCUAUAUGAAGCAUUUAUAGCAUAUGAGGAGGGAAAUUACAGCGAGGCAGUUGAAUUGCUUUACCCAAUUCGCUAUGACAUUGUCAAAAUAGGAGGAAGCAAUGCCCAGAGGGAUGUUUUCAAUCAGUUGCUGAUUCAUUCUGCUUUGAAUUCUGUGAAUAAAGAGCAUCACAAAAUUGCUAGGUGCCUCUUGAUGGAGCGAGACAUACUGAGGCCAAACUCUCCUCUGACAAAAAGACUGAUCCAGAGGGCAACUGCCAUACAUGGUGUUGCUUAGACUUCGCCUUGUCUUCAUCGGUUGUUAGAUAUUAGAAAAUCACCUAGGAUUGUUUUUACAAAAAAGUCAUAUAUCUGCUGAAUGUUUUAAAGUACAGUGUUAUCUACAUUACAGUGCUAUUGUACCCAAAUAAAGAAAGCUUUAUCUGCUGAUUAUCCAGUGAGGGGCACUUCCCCUGCUGGGUGGUACUUCCUCUUGCAUUUUGUGUCAGGGAAGAUUACUUGUGGAAUUAAUCAUUAUAGUAGUGCUUGAACAUGAUACAAACUGCUGUCUUACUAUAUUGUGUGGUUUAAUAACAUGAUUGCUAGGAGCCAAGUGUUUGUGAUACAAUUUUGUAUACAUCUACAACAAAUGACACAUUUCUGAUUAUGUGAAUAUGAAACUCAUAUUAAAACUCUAUACUGAA